UGAUCAUCGGUCUGCUUACUCCAUCAACUCGAUAUAUCGACACAGGUCCCGACUACACUUCGAGGCUUGCUACUGAGACUCUUGAAAGGGAAAGAGCAAUAAAGUCGUCGUCCCAUCAUACGCCCUCUUACUGUCCUCUCACUUUCUAUCGCAUUCAUAACCUUCCUGAUCUUCUCCAAGGACGACAAGUUUAUGGCUUCAUCGAUCCGAUCUCUGUUUGGUAAACUCGCUCAACCAACUGGAAAGAUGGUAAAGACUAAGACACCUCCUCCGCCGACAGUUCCAACGGCUAUAAAGGCAAGGGAAGAGGCUGAAAAGGCUGGACCAGGAGAAGGUCUCGAAUCGGCAGUCUUCACCGCCGGAUGCUUUUGGGGCACAGAACACCUGUUCAACCAAUAUUACUCCACUUUACCAGGAUACAAGAUAGUCAGCGGGUAUGCCGGAGGAGACGUCCCGAAUCCAUCUUAUCGACAAGUCUGUAUGGGCGGAACGGGUCACGCAGAAGGUGUCCAAGUGACUUAUCAAAAGGGAGCUGUAGGGUACGGUGAACUCGUAGAGUUCUUCUACAGGACACAUGACCCGACUCAAGCUGGAGGUCAAGGUCCUGAUCGCGGAGAUCAUUACAGGAGCGGUAUCUUUUUCAACUCGAAAGAACAGGAAGAAAUCGCCAAGCAAGUGACGAAAGAAGUCCAGGAGAAGUAUUUUAAAGGCAAGACAAUCGUCACCGAGAUCACUCAGCUCAAGAAAUUCUAUUCUGCGGAAGACUACCAUCAGCAGUAUCUGGACAAGAACCCAUGGGGUUACGAAUGUCCAACGCAUUUCAUGCACUGGUAAAUGGAAUUUCAAGGAUGAGA